UAAAGUACUUUCUACGACGAGGAACAAUGGAAAUCACAAGACCCAGCAGUCGACACCUGCCAUUCCCUAGAUCCCAGUAGCCCCCCAGCUCCUUCCCAUGCGGCGGUCGCUCCCUAGAUCCGGCGGCCUUGGACUGGCCGCCAUUUCCUAUGUCGCGGUGGACUACCUCCGGCACCUGUCCCCAACAUGGCACGCCCGCCUGCAGCCUGCUCUGUGGUCCGUGCUCGCCCUCACCGCAGUCGCCCGGGUGCCCUUCUACAAGCACUGGUCGGCUGAGUUCAGGUCCGCCAUACCCUUUGUCGCCUCCAUGGUGUUCAUGCUCUUGGCUCUGCUCUACGAAGCUGUGUCCGUGCGCUCCGUCACCGCCGUUCUUGGCCUCGAUUGGCACCGGGAGGCAGCUCCUCUUCCUGACCCCGGGCAGUGGCUGCUUUUGGACCUGAAUGAGAAGCUACCUCAACCACUCGUUGAUCUGCUGAGAGCCCGAAUCAUUGGGCUUCACCAUUACCUGAUGCUCUUCAUGAUGCUAGCUUUCUCGGUGCUAUUUGACUCAGUGACAGCCCCUGGCCUUGGGCUCGGUGCGAGGUACAUGUUCACCAUGGCAAUAGGCCGCCUUCUUCGCGCCAUAACUUUUUCUUCCACGAUCCUGCCGUCUGCUCGGCCCUGGUGUGCUGCUUCUCGCUUUAGUGUCCCCACGCACCCUCACCCUUGGGUGCAAAAAUAUUAUGUCCCUUACACCGAUUCUGACUCCAUUCGUCAAGUGCUAAAUCUCGACAUGGCCUACGCUGAUACUGGAGAAUAUCUUGGAGAACACCAACCAGACUGGGGCGUGAUGAGCUUCCUAAUAGAUUUCCUGCGACCAACUGCUUCUGAUGAUUCUUCAUGGUUCAGUCUGUUGAAGAAAGCUGGAGGAGGCUGCAAUGACCUCAUGUACAGUGGCCACAUGCUUGUAGCUGUUCUGACAGCUAUGGCUUGGACAGAGGCGUACAGCGGCUUCAGCUCAGUCCUCAUAUGGCUGCUCGUGGCACAUAGCGCACAAAGAGAAGUAAGGGAGCACCACCACUACAGCGUGGAUUGUGUCGUGGCCAUCUACGUGGGCAUCCUCCUGUGGAAAAUGACAGGAUUCCUUUGGCCACCCAAGGACAAGGAGAGAGCAAAGAGGCUCUCAAGGCUUGAGAAAAUCCAGAGCAGACUUGUACAGGCAGCAAAAGACUCGGACAUGGCCCAGGUCCGGGAGCUCCUUGAGGGAGUCGAGCUGCGGACUCAGGAGGGGCCAAAGAAACGCCCAAUCUGGGUCGUGUGGAUUUUUCCCUGCGUGACCAUUUUUGCAGCUUUAGUCAUCGUCUUGCUUGCCUUCACGCUGACAAGCGAUGGCUGAUAAUUUUUUUGUUAUUCCCCAUUUUCCGGGAAUCUCUUGUCCACUGCCACGGCUUAGUGUUUUCUUUUUUUUUUUUCCUUUACUUCUGGAUAAAAGGGGUUGGGGGACUAUCCACGUAGCAAUCCCCAUAGGGCUUGAACCCUGUCAAGGAACGUCCAAUUUGAGCCAUAGCCACACUAGGACCUGAGGGUCUGGGCUCGUCCCCGCAUAGAUUAUUAGGUUAGGAAUGGGAUGUGGUUUGUAACCUUUUGUAACAUAUUAUUGUUUAAGUACGCAAACAGUUUCAGUGUUACAUUUCUUCCUUGUAAUGAAUUGCUCGUACCAAAACAUAGUUCUUCCUGAAAGUUUGGUCUAUCGCUCUUGGCUGUAAA